AUAGACGAGGGCAGAUCGCAGCUAAUUCAGUCGAACGAGUAAGCGCGCGUAAAUCGAAUAUGCAAACUAUUGAUGAGAGAAUUAUUCAGUGAAGAAAACAACAACAUAUAACAAAAUAAACAAAACAUCAAAUCUUUUAAUUUGUUUAACAAAAAUAUAACAAAAAAAUAACAAAAAUAAUAAAAAUACUUAACGAAACCAGCAAACGAAAAGAAGAAGACGAAGAACUAGUAAAAUUACUAGUAAAAGUUAAGGAAGUGAAAUUUUCGCAAUUACGCAUAAUUAACAGACGCGAUCAUGCGGACCUUUGAAAGUGGUUUCUUCUGCACUGACCUGACUUUACGUCAUCCAUACCAUGAGUGUACCAUCACAGUGCCCAUGUUGAUCAUUUUAAUGCUACUACUUCCAAUGCUUUUCAUCGGCGUUGUUGAAAUUAUGCGCGUCUGUAAGCAUUUUCGACUGCGGAAAUAUUUACACAAUUUGUGGCGCAGCGAAGCGGUAUUCAGUUUCGGCUUCAUUGCAACUUACCUAACAAUCGAAUUGGCAAAGAAUGUCGUAGGACGCUUAAGGCCGCAUUUUUACACAGCAUGUCAGCCUCGUAUUGCUUCGGAUUUGAGUACCUGUGAGGAUUCACAGAAUCAAGGCAAAUUCGUGGAACAAUAUUUUUGCACAAAUCGAAACUUAUCAUCGCGUCAAAUACGUGAGCUACACGUUUCCUUUCCGAGUGCUCAUUCGGGUCUCUCCUUCUAUUCAAUGAUAUUUCUGGCAUUUUAUUUGCAUGCUGUAUGGAAGGGGCGUGGCAUUAAUCGUGCCCUUCGGCAUAUAUUGCAAUUUUUGCUACUAAUGCCAGCCUGGCUGAUUUCGCUGAGUCGCGUCACCGACUACUGGCAUCACUGGUCCGAUGUGCUCGCUGGCAUGUUGUUAGGCAUUACGUAUGCUGUGAUUACCGCACUUUAUGUGGGACGAAUGCUUCAUAAAAAUUAUGAAAAAUCUAAAACGGCCACAGAACAAAAAGACACUCUAAUGCAAAAUGACUGCGAAUGGAAGAUACAGCCCACAUUGCCUACUUGAAUUUUUUCAUUAAACUCUUCCGAAUGUUUGUACAUAUGUUUGUAUUUAAUAAAAUAGAUAUUUUUAAGAUAAGAAUUUUUACGGUGUUACGAUUCAAGUGUGAUAAUAAAGCAAAAGUACAAUAUUUUUAAACAAUUAUUAUUUUAUGUUUAUCUCCAAUGUUUUUAAGUGCGUUACAUUUGGAAGUGGCGGUGUUAGUUUAGAUACUCACUGUGAACAUUACUUAUCAAAAGUGAAACAUAAUUUUUAUGAUACUAUAUAGAAUGUAAUCCAAUGCUCUUCGCUAGUUAUAGAUAUAAGUGAAAUUUAAAAAAUGUGUCUAAUUUAAAUAAUUAAUUAAGUAUUAUU